AUCUGCCUAGCUGUGGGCUCCACGCCAUCAGGCGCUUGCAUGCACGGGAUAGAUUUGUCCUGCACUGAAAUGCCACAAAAAGGGAAAGAGCCUCAGGCAUUAAUUGAUGUGUUUGUUCUGCUUGGUAAUCAUUAAUUGUCCUCUGAAAUAAAGCAGAAUAAAUGGCAGCACAAAGAGGUCAAUAGGAGCCCCUCAGAUGCAGUGCUUGCUGGUUCAAGGUGGUAAAAAAGGGUGUUCUUUGGGGGUGCUUUUGCUAUAGAUCUUUGGAAUUAUACGCUUUUAGUUUGCUCAGCCCCUGCUACGAGAAACUCCAUCUACUCUGACAUCCCCCCAAACAGACUUAGAGUGACCAUUUCAAGAGCUCCGAAGACCUUCCCUGCCUUGCUAGCAUGAAGCAACCCGUGUUUUGGAAUGUGCUGGAAUACGUUUGCCGACUGCUGGGCGUCUUGACUGGAGCAGUGCUCCUUGGUGUGGGCAUAGACACGCUCCUGCAUGGACAGUUUAAGAGCCUGGCUCUUUACCUCCUUAUUUCAGGGAUGGCGGUCUUUCUGUGGGAAGUAGUGUACUUUGCCAGCCUCCUUUUGGUUACCUGCUUCAUCCCCAGGAUGGGAUCCAUGAUGCACACUUGUUGGGCCCGAGCCAAACAUCGCGGGGCUUUCCAGAAAUUCCUAGCCUACGCCCUGCUCUCCAUAGCCUGCUUUGUCAGUCCUGUCCAUGUCUGGCAGGUCACAUUCCCAGGCAUCCUGCUAGUGCUCACCAGUCUAGCCUAUUUCCUGCUCAGUAAGCAACAGAAAGAAGGCACAGGAAAUGGAGCACAAGAACAGAACAGGGACCCCUGUGAUGCAGUUAUAGAUGAACUGGCUGAAGACAGGAGUAGACAAACAUCCUCUUUCCACCGUAAAUUCAGUUCCCUUGCUGGAUAUCUGAGGAGCCUCUUCAAAGGCUGCAGAAGGCCAAAUGCUUUCAUGGCCUCUUCAAGCGUUCUGUCUAUGAGGAAGCACGUUGACUUUGAGGAACAGGUGGAGCAUAUGACACUUCCUCUCAGAGAAGAGCCAGAGGGCCUGGCCAAGGAAAGCACACCUGAAACGGCCUUCAUCCUUCCCCCCCAGAUAUGAGGCUCUGGGCAAUUCAAGAACAAGCUCUUAAGGGAUGGUCUGCUUUUCUUCCACUGUGUUUAAUUAUUCAGUCAUAGCGUUACACGUAACAGUUCUGACAGCCACUGGAAGAGAGGAAUUGCCUAGUCUGAGAAAUGGACCUUGAUAACAUUGCUGAAAAGACUUCUACUUGGAUAGAGGAAUGUAUGGAUUGCAGAAGGACAUCUCACCUCACCCCAUUUCCUUGCCCUUAGGUCUCAGUUGUCCUGAAAAGUCUUUUAAGGAGAAAGUUGAUUGGACUGCUAUGCAGCAUCUCCUUACAGGAAUUGCUCAGGUACUUUGAACAUGACAAGUGAACAUCAUGUGAAGGAAGGCCGUGCAUGGGACUACAAACAGCUUCCCUUUUGUAUGAAGUGGGGUGAGGCCACUUUUGCUUUUCCAGAACCUGAAGCAGGUCAGUCAGCGAUUCUCAGCAUUGUAAGGCUGCAGGGACAAGAAGAUUGGAGAUCAUUUUCAAAACUAUUUUUGAGGGUUGGAGAGUGGUGGUAUGGAAGUACUUUGUGUUUUAUUUACCUGUUAGCUCCAAUGCUAGAAAGCAAAUACAUAUCUAAAAUAGAAUACUUACUUAAAUCUUUUGAUGUGGUGAUUGUACCAGUGUGAUACAAUCUUACAUAUUUUUAUUAGAAGAAAGUCCUGCUGUCUUUAAUAGUACUUGUGCCAGUAACCAUAAUUAUAUAUACAUAAAUCUCAGCACCAGUUAUCCCUAAAGUGUGUGUAAGUGUGUGUAGCAAGAUAGCUAAUCCAAUUUACCGUAAUUUUUGAAAGCUGAACUAAUUUUAUACCUAAUCCACUUGUCUUGCAGUAUGACAAGUGGAAACUCCAGUUCUCUUGAUCUUCAGUUCAUGGACAUAGCCCCUGACAUUUUCCUGUAGAAUCUGCUCGUAUAAUUCAGAAUUCAUGGUUCCAUCAAUGAUGGCAAGUCGUCCUGGUCCAGAGGCAGCAAAGCAGGCCCAAACGGUGAUACUGCCACCACCAUG